AUUAACUUAUAAGGUUCCUUAGCACGUGCCCACCUUAAAGAAACAUCAGAACUCACGUGAUUUCCAGCUACUACUCUCACAGCCAACAUAAAACUUUUAUCAGAGAAUGAUAGAGAAGCUUCUUUCCUUGGCUAUUCUUCCUUGUCCGAUGGUAAUUAGUUUCCUUCGGCUUUACCUCAUGUCUUGGAUGCUUUACCUCAAGGACACCACUUCAAGAAAGUUAAACGUCUAAAUCUUGAAUUGGGUAGGGACCACAUUGCAAGUUUUCAACAGGCAAUGUAUUAAAAGUGUGAACAUGUAAAAAUCAAAAGUUGGAGGGUUAGAUCGAAAAAAAAUAAAAGAAAAAACGCUUAGAUAGGAAGAAAUUCAACUCCCAAGUCCUUACCCAUUUCUACUCUUUGAGUUAUACUAGAUGCAGUUUAGUAAAGUAUAAUUAAUUUCCAACUGAAGCUUAAGGAGGAAGUUCAGAAAGGCUUCUUCAUUCUUUCCUUUGUACCAUAUGUUUUCUGUCUCCCUUUACAUCUCUGCAAACCAUAGCUUUAUCUCCAAUGUGCCAGAAUAGUAAAUAGAAUAGCAAAGACCAACUACAAGCAUAAUAUUGCUAGAUCUUCAAUACUGGACUGAGUUCCGACUUAACUACCCAAAGAGAAAGAUGUUCAAGGUGGGGAGAUGGAGGCAUGAAAAGAUCAAAGUUGUAUUCAAGUUACAGUUCCAAGCAACUCAGGUGCCAUGCUCCAAAUCCAAGCUCAUGAUAUCCGUAAUUCCAGUGGAUGUGGGCCAACCAACUGUUCGAUUGGGAAAAGCUGCAGUUCAAGAUGGGAUCUGUACAUGGGAAAAUCCAGUGUAUGAAACUGUAAAAUUUACUAGGGAGAUAAAGACAGGAAAGAUACAAGACAAGUUUUACCAAUUUAUAAUUUCGACGGGAUCAUCAAAAUCUGGUUUUUUAGGAGAAAUACUAGUUAACCUUGCAGACUAUGUCGAGGCUACAACUCCAUUCACAAUCUCACUGCCAAUCAAGUCCUCAAAUGCUGGAGCAAUUUUGCAUGUCACAAUUCAGAAUAUGCAAGGAGCUGAUGAUCAGAGUUUUUACAGGGAGCUUCAGAUGGAUAUUGAAGAAAAUGAAGCCACAAUAACCCAUGAAAGCAGCUUGCAAAGUCUGGACAGCAGCUCUCAGUUGAUGGGAGACAUAAUUUGCAACAACCAUGAAGAUGAACACUACAGUACAACGGCUUCUUUAGACAAUGAUGGAUGGAAUAAUUCAAGAAACGCAAAUACCUUGAAUUCUUUAUUUGAGCAAAAGAAAAGUUCAAUCUCCCAAGAGACUAACCAUGAUGAAUCUUCCUACUAUAAGAAUCAUGUAUCAAAAGCUCCUAGUCCUGCAGAAAAAGAACAUAAAACAAGAAAGCCGAUAACGUUGGACUGGAGUUCUGAUGAUGAUAUAAUGGACUAUGUGGAGAAUAGUAUUGAAAGUCUACCAAAAGAAAAAGAGCAAGAACCUCCCAAGAGUCUUGUUGAACAGCUCAAAAGUGAGAUCUUUUCUUUGAAGAGACAGGCAGAAGUAACUGACAUAGAGCUACUGUCACUUAGAAGGCAAGUAGUGAAAGAAACCAAAAGGGCACAGGAAUUAUCAGGGCAAGUAGUUAGACUGAAAGAGGAAAGAAACGCAUUUAAAAGAGAAUCUGAAAAUAACAGGUCAGAGCACAAUGGAGAAAAUGGCAUUGAAUGUCUAAAGGAAAUGGGAGCUGAGCAAAAGAAAUCAAGGCAUCGCCAGAAUGAAGUUGUAGAAGACCUAGUUCAUUCUAAGGGGCUGAAUAGAACCCUUCGUUCACAACUGAGAAAGACACAAGAUUCAAAUUCAGAAUUAAUUCUUGUGGUGAGGGACCUUGAAGAGAAGCUACGUAAAAAAGAAAAAGAACUAGAAAAUCUUUUAAGAAAAAUAAGAAGUGACAGGAAAUCAGAAGAAUAUCAAGAAAAAGAUUCUGAAUUUGAAAUGUUAGGCGACCAAGAAGUAGAAGAAACAGCAAGUCCAAAUCAAGAUUCGAAAGAAGUAAGUUUGUUGCAACAAAAGAUCAAAAUCAUGCAAGGUGAAUUGCAGGACCAUUUGAAAGAAAACAGAAAGCUUCAGGAACGGAUUAAUCAGUUUUCUCAAGAUUGUGAGAGUGCAAAGAAAGAAAAUAGUGACCUCUCUUCAAGGUUUAAUCAGAAGCAGCUAGAAUUAAUAAAGAAAGAAAGAGAAUGCACGCAUAAUAUGCAUAAAGUGGAAGAACUUGAGUCUCAGAUAGCAAGGUUAGAGAAAGUGAUUCAGAAGCAAGCAGAAGAAUUCUGUGAAUCUUCAGAUACAAUUCAUGAUCUUGAAGUCCAGGUAAACUGUUUGAAGUAUGAACUGGAAAAACAAGAUGCAGAAUUCGAAGAUGAGCUCAGAGCAGUGUCCACUGCUAAAGAUAAUCUUGAGCAAAGAGCCCUCCAAGCAGAGGAGAACUUGAGAAGAACAAAAUUAGAUAAUGCUUCUGCAGCCCAUAGGCUACAAGAGGAAUUUAGAGAACUUUCUGAAGAGUUAGAAGCAAAGUUCAAGGAAAAUGAAGAACAGACGGAGAAUGCAAAAGCAGAGGCUAGGGAACUGCGCCUUCAGGUAAGGAUUCUAGAAGAAAAUCUAGAGAAAACUACCAAAGAACUCGAAUUAGUCCAAGAUCAAUUUAAAGUUGAAGUGAAAAAACUUUCCAGCCAGUCAAAAGAGAAAGAGAAUGGGCUUGACCAACUAUUACUUGCAGUAAAAAAUGAGAACGCAGAGCUUAAAAACCUCAAUAGGAAAGUAGAAGACAAAAGUGAAGCUUUGUCAAAUGAGAAUCAAGCCCUCAGAAUGGAAGUAGAAAGGCUUACAGAAGAAAAUUAUCAUUUCAUAAAGGAGCUAGAAGAAAUGAAGACACUAGUUGACAAAUUGAAAAAGAAUCUUGAAGAAACCAAGAGAGACAUGGAAGAAUCAGAAACAAAAUAUACAUCGGGAAAGAUAGAAAUCAAACAAGCACAAGAGGAGCUGGCAAUUCUAAGACCUUUAAAAGAAAAGGCAGAUGCUAUGUCUGGAAUGCAAUUAAUGUUGGAAUCACUCCAAGUUCAGCAUAAUGAUUUAAAAAACAGAUGGUCUGAAAUGAAGUUGGAGAAUGAGAAUCUCAGAAAGCAACUCGCUAGACAGAAAGAAAAUCUACAAAAGAAGGAUCAUGAAAUAUCCAAUCUCGAGAAGUUCAAGGAUAGCAGCUCUAAGGAGGUCUCUGCUCUUAAGGAGAAAGUAAAGCAGCUAAAGGCAAUCAGACCCUCUGGAAUAUCCACUGAAAAUGGUAGCAAAGUGGAAGAAAGAAAAUCUAUGGGGAAGAAAUCACAGCUGUCGGCAAAUUCAGGAAGGUCAUCACAAAAUGGGGCCAACAGAACAUCAGGAGAAAGUAAAAGAGAAACAUGCGCAGAGAAGGUCACUGAUUCGCAAACCAGUGUUUUACUGACAGAAGUGGCUUUACUAAAGGAGAAGAACAAAACAAUGGAAGAUGAGCUCAACGAAAUGCAAGAGAAGUAUUCAGAUGUAAGCUUGAAGUUUGCAGAAGUUGAAGGAGAAAGGCAACAACUUGUAAUGACCAUACGCAAUUUGAGGAAUAGUCAGAAGAAAUAAGUUGUUUAUUCUUGAAUUUCAGAGUAGAUUAUAGAGAGGAAACACCCAUCUUCAGGUGACGAUACCAACUGACGGAAAGCACAUUUCACGUGGUACAUUAAGAGAUAGAUCAUAGCACAUUGAUCAGUAAAAUUCUUUGAGACAAAUUUAAUGUUUCAUAUAUGCCUCUUGAAUCAAUUGUAAUUAGGCUCUAAUGACUGCUAAACUCCUGAUUUGUACCAUAUCCUUCCCCAUUCUGUUGGAUUGCAGGUAGUGACAUUAGAUAGUUAAGUAUAUAUAUGGUAUUGAAAAGAUCAUCAUAGCCUCAGAAAGUAUAUUUGAUAAGCCGAUUAAAAAUACAAUUUUAUUUAUAUAGAAUAUAGAAAGCAUCGUUUUGUGUGA